GACGUCACUCGCGGGAAUGGCUAAGAAAAAGAAGCGCGAGAUAGAAACUUGGGCGCGCAGGAGCUGAUGUUUAUCCGGCGCUGUUUAAUGAAAGAGUUUACUUUAUUUGAUCAUCUGUCUCAUUAACAUCACAGAUGUUUUUGCGUGUGUGUGUGGCGCUCACUGUGUGCUCGUGAAGUGUGUUUUAUUGGUGUGUUUAAAUCAAACUUUAGGGAAAUGUCGUGGUGGGCGCGCGGUGAGGAAGAGGAGGAGGCCAUGUGUCAGGACACAGACUCUGAUGUCGCUGACCAGAAGGAUUGUGGGAAAGUGAAGGUGAAGUGGACGCAGGAGGAGGAUGAUAAGCUGCGGAAACUGGUGCUGAACGUCGGACCAAAUGACUGGAAAUACAUCGCUGGCUUUUUACCUAGCCGAUCGGAGCAUCAGUGUCAGCAUCGCUGGUUCAAAGUUCUGGAUCCGGAUCUGGUCAAAGGACCCUGGACCAAAGAGGAGGACGAGAAGGUGAUUGAGCUGGUGAAGAAGUACGGCAGCAAGCAGUGGGCGAUGGUGGCCAAACACCUGAAGGGCCGUCUGGGAAAGCAGUGCCGGGAACGCUGGCACAACCACCUCAACCCAGACGUCAAGAAGUGCUCGUGGACUCCGGAGGAAGAUCUCGUCAUCUACAAGGCUCACUGCGUGCUGGGAAACCGCUGGGCGGAGAUCGCCAAACUGCUGCCCGGAAGAACAGACAAUGCGGUGAAAAACCACUGGAACUCCACCAUCAAGCGUAAGGUGGAGACGGGUUAUUACACCGGUGUGGACACGACGCUUCACGAGCUCCAGCAGACCGACAGCGACGAGACCGGCCAGCAGCAGGUGGAGUUCUGCUAUGACGGAGCCAGUGAGGGACUGCCAGGAGAAGUCUUAAAGCGGGAUCCUGAAGCACAUGAGAAGGUCACCACUGCGCCACAGAAAACUGCUUCUCCCAAGACACCAAAAGCUCCUACAACCCCCAAAAGUGAAGGCGGAGACUCUAACGUGUCCACCUGGGUGAUGGACAGCUCCGGAUUCCUGUCUCCGUCAGCGGCCCCGACCCUGAAGGAGGUGAUGGAGCUGAUGGACGGGGAUCUGGAGGGCUGGUGUACGAUGUCGGACUUUGAGCUGCCGGAGGAGAGCCAGAGCUCCGAGCUGCUGCAGUUCCGUCUGGAGGGAAGCGCCCUGCAGGAGCUCAGCAAGGGCAGCAAAGGAGAGCUCAUCCCCAUCUCCCCCGGCGGAGCCACGCCCCCGUCCAUCCUGAGCCGCCGCAGCCGCCGCCGCAUCGCCCUCUCGCCCGACCCCAACGACUCCAUGACCCCGAAGAGCACGCCGGUCAAGAUCCUGCCCUUCUCUCCCUCACAGUUCCUCAACAUGUGGACCAAGCAGGACACGCUGGACCUGGAGAAUCCGUCUCUGACCUCCACGCCGGUGUGCAGCCAGAAGGCCGUGGUCACGACCCCGCUGCACCGGGACAAAACCCCGCUCACGCAGAAGGAAAACUCUCUGUUUAUCACACCAAAUCACAAGUCUGAUCUGGACACGACGCCCCGUACGCCCACUCCGUUUAAGAACGCCAUGGAGAAAUACGGCCCUCUGCGGCCACUGCCUCCGACACCAAAUUUGGAGGAGGACCUUAAAGAAGUGUUGCGCAGCGAAGCCGGAAUUGAGUUGAUCGUAGAAGAUGAAACUCCUACUGAGAAGAAACGCAAACAAGUGUAUCGUCCUCCCAUGAAGAAAGUGCGUAAAUCUCUGGCUCUCGAUGUCAUCGACUGCAGCGAGACGGUUUCUGCCCGAAAGCAGCAGAUCAAACACACGGUCCGAGCGCAUCAGAAGGCUCAAACCGUGCGGUCGCUCCCUCUCGAGACGUCCUGUGCCGUGAAGGAGGAGAACCUGCUGGAUCAGGGAUUUAUUCUGGGACCGAAUGAGAGCGGGAUUCCCUCCAAACCUGCGCCGCAGACGCUGAAGAUGACUCCUCCACUUCCUAUGUCUCCAGCCUGGGAAACUGUCGUCUGUGGACGGACAAAAGACCAGCUGAUCAUGACGGAGAAAGCCCGACGGUACCUCCGCUCUUUAAAGUGUCACGCCCCGAACCGAGCCCUCAUCCUCUCCUGAUCCCAGCGCAGCCGCUUCGGUUUUGUUUAUAAAACAUAAUGUGGAAAAUUUGUGUAUGAAUAUGAACCCAAUUACUGUUCCAGAAUAGACUCUUUCUGAUAAUGCUCUCGUCCCGUUUCCUGUGGCUUAUUAGUGCAUUCAGAACUCCAUUUUACUUCAUUAACCCUGUAUAAUAAGUGUUGCUCUUUUGUUUUAUUUAUGUGUUGUCGACCCGUUAUCGAUGUGGCAGCGAACAUGUGUAAACAUUUUAAAUGCCAAGCUGGGGAAAUAUAUAUUCAGGGAUCUCACUAUCUGUUGACAUUUUCUGCGUUUCUUUAAGGACAAGUAGACGUCUGCGAGAGGUCAUGUGACGCACCAGCUGUAUGUACAGUUUGUGUAUUAACAAAAAAAAUAGGUUGACAGUUUUUCCUGCUGUUAGGAAAGUAUUAUACAUGUUGAAGUUUUGUAAAAUAACUUUUAGGAGCUCGGAAGUCAUGUGAUGAGGCCUUAAUUCAGUGUGCAUAGAAACAUGAUGUUUUUUCUUUAAAAAAAAAAGUAGAUUAUUGUAUGCUAUGAGAAAAAUAAAACAGUUGUUGACUGUUUCGAUGC